AUGGCUGCUGCUCCCGGCACCGCGGCGCAGGGCCUGCGCGAUGACGGAUGGUACACCGAGCUGAGCUCCCUAUGGCCAGGCCAGGGCUUGAGCCUGAAGGUGGAUGAGGUGCUCUACCAGGGUCGCUCCGAGUUCCAGGACAUCGCCGUUUUCAAGACCGGCGCUUUCGGGAAGGUGCUGGUGCUGGACGGCGCCAUCCAGUGCACCGAGCGCGAUGAGUUCUCCUACCAGGAAAUGAUCGCCCACCUCCCCCUCUGCGCUCUUGCACGCCCAGCCAAGAAGGUGCUGGUCGUGGGUGGCGGCGACGGCGGGGUCCUGCGCGAGCUCAGCCGGCACUCCUCCCUGGAGGCCAUUCACAUGGCCGAGAUCGACGGCGGCGUUGUCGAGGCUGCCAAGAUCCACUUCCCGGGCAUGGCCAUCGGCUUCUCUGACCCUCGCGUCUCCCUGCACAUUUGCGAUGGUAUCAAGUUUGUCCAGGAUGCGGAGGAGAACACCUACGAUGCCAUCAUCGUGGACUCCUCCGACCCAGUGGGCCCUGCCGAGGUGCUAUUCCAGCAGCCCUUCUUCGAGGCCAUGCACCGCGCACUCAAGCCCGGCGGCGUGGUCUGCACCCAGGGCGAGUCCCUGUGGUACCACCUGGACAUCAUCAAGGGCCUGGCCGCCAUGUGCCACACCGUGUUCGUGGGCGGGACGGUGCAGUACGCCUUCACCACCAUCCCCACCUACCCCUCCGGCCAGAUCGGCUUCAUGAUCUGCUCCAAGGCCGACCCCGAGACCCAGGCCCAGCUGGACCCCCGCACGCCCAAGCGAAGCGUGGACGGCGCCGACAGCGCCGCCCUGGGGCCGCUCAAGUACUACAGCCCGGAGGUGCACUCCGCGGCCUUUGUGCUGCCCGCCUUUGCCAAGCGCGAGCUGCAGGCCUCCCUAUCCUUUUGA